AAUGUGUCUUCACCGCGGGGACGACCUACACUCAUUGUGGAGUCGCGGAGGAAACUGGAAGCACCUGCCAAAAACCAAUCGCGCAACGCAUGUACUAACGUGCUGCCGCAAAGUCGCGGAGAAGGCCAAGAUCCACCAUGAGGAGCGCAGAAAAAUCUCGCAAACCUUCUUGGGUGACCGAGUACGUGGGUGUCAACUUCCAGAAAGUGCCCAGCAAGCCGGCUGAUGGCUUCGCUCCUGCAGCGGUCGUCGACACCGAGCCUGCGGUCCACAAAAGCCCAGCUGCUCCGACGAGACGGCCGCUCUACUUUGCAGUGUUCGCUGCCUACUUGGGCAGUAUGGCUUUCGGCUUUGCCAUCACCUACUCGUCGCCGGCGUUGCCCGACAUCCGGCCUAAGAUGAACUUCACCGUGGAGGACAGCGCCUGGUUCGGCUCGCUCGUAAAAUGCGGCUCCAUUUUCGGCGGCCUGCUCGGAGGGCAGCUUGUGAACAUGGUCGGUCGACGGGCGACUCUCUUCAUCUCUUGCGGCUGGUUUCUGGCUGGCUGGUUGUGCAUCAUCUUCGCCCAGUCAAUCCCCCUGUUGUUCUCCGGACGAGCCCUUACAGGUGUUGCUGUCGGCAUCGUGGCGCCGGCAGUGCCUGUAUUUAUAUCUGAGAUCUGCCCGUCGAACAUUCGCGGUCUACUUAACACUGGGAGCAAUGUUGCCCUCUACUGCGGCAUCCUGGCCACUUACGUCCUCGGGAAGUGGCUUGCUUACCAGCACCUCGCCAUCGCGCUCAUGGCGCCAACGGUCCUCAUGAGCGUCCUUUUGUUCUGGACGAAGGAAUCUCCCCGCUGGCUUCUUCAGAAAGGCCGCCAUGAGGCGGCGUUGGAGUCAGCACUGUUCUACUACGGACCAGAGGGCAAGAAGGAGUUAGAUGCCAUUGAAGAAAGCCUUUGCGGAACCGAGCAAUUCCGCUUACGGGACCUAGCUGUGCCGCAUGUCUACAGGCCAUUCUUGUGCAUGCUGAUGGUGAUGUUUGUACAACAGUCAUCGGGAGUGACCGUCCUCGUAGUUUACACACACGACAUCUUCCGCGAGGCGGGAACGUCGAUUCCGUCGGACGACUGCAGCAUAAUCAUUGGUGUAGUGCAAGUGGUCGUGGUAGCGAUCGCCACAGUACUGACAGAUCGCGUCGGGCGCAAGAUCCUGCUCUUGGUCUCCACCUUGGCAACGAGCAUCUGCUUGUUCCUGUUCGGAUACUCUUUUUACCUCAAACAACACAGCCCGGAGACAUUCGCCACCUCAUACACAUGGCUUCCGAUUGCGUCCGUGGGACUGAUCUUUGUGGCAUUCAACAUCGGCAUGGGCCACCUUCCUUGGUUGCUUCUCGGAGAGAUGCUGCCGCUGCGCGUAAAGGGUUUUGCCACGGGAUUCUGCACAGCGUUCUCCUUCGGCUACUCGUUCCUUCUCAUCAAGGAGUUUUACAGGCUACAGCUUGUUCUGGGGGUAGCAGGGUCCUAUUGGCUAUUCGGUAUUUUGCUUCUCGUGGGCUUCCUUCUCUUCUGGAUUUUUCUUCCAGAAACAAAGAGAAAAACGUUAGAAGAAAUUGAGCAGCUUUUUGGAAAGCAAGCGGUUGACUUCGCCAACGAAACGGUGAUCAGGAAAAGCAAUCGUGUGUAGCAGUCAUGACCUUUCCACAUUUCAGUUGCAUCUUACUGCGCGUUUCUGCGGCUGUUCACGAACUUGAAGCUUCGUCAGCCUCAAUGUCUCAAACAAAUCCUCUACAACAGGAGACAUUCCAUGGUAAUACUUGACCGCUAUGCAAUAUAAUUUUUGCGGAAAGACAGUUUGUGAGCAUUUCAUGAGGGGAAAGUCGGUUCAUACUUAAAGGAUAUGCACAGUCUAUAACGAAAGGACAGAAGCAAGACAAGGAGACGUGUGCUGCACUCGUGACUUGUUUAUUUAAGAGGAAAGGGCAAUAAACAGGUAUAGAGCAGUCAUGCGCCUACGCAAAGGUAGUCACGAGGAUAUCCCAUUUUGACAUUAAAAACAUUUAUUUAAGCAUACCAUAGCAAUAUGGAUCAACAUAUACAUAUUGCUAUUGCGAUCAUUUUCUCGCAUGUUUGCUCUAUAUCCUGUAUUCUGAUCUCGCGCAAACCGUGGUUCAAACAGCCGUUGUCUUUUGUGUGCAUCAUCUCAUAAAUUAACAUUGUUUCACAUUGAUUAGCGCAUUCUGACCGGCUGUGACACAUGCAUCACUAAAUUCUGACAGCGCGAGACCACAAUAUUUGGUAUCCGCAAAGAUACGACACCACGCGAAUUGCUCGAAAUAUAUCGCAUAAAAGAACGAGAUGCUGCCUGCAUCAGUGAAACGUUCGUAUCGCAAUAGUAUGCUGAAAUGAAUAUCUCGGACGUCAAACUAUGAAACCCGCAAGGUUUUCCACCCGAUCUCAGAAAACAUUAAUUUAAGAGCAGCCUCUAACCGUAUUCAGUAAUAUCGAACAUCACUAUGUUGUUUACAUAUACUAGUAGAGGCUGUAAAUGCGAAUAUAGGCUGCCCUGCGAGGCUGCGCAGAUAUUCAACAUUUUCUCAUCUCUCGUGUUCCGUAAAAUUUUAUGGUUGACUGUACAUAUACAUUGCCUUGUUCUUCUGACAAGCAAGCUAGCUAAUCGGAAAUAUAUCCUGAGUCCCAUUUCCUAUCUUGUGGUAGUAUGUUUUACGCUGCGUUUGUUCAUUAUCCCGUAGAGGGAGUUCUUUAGCCAGGCAUUCGCUUGAGGAUCAAGCUACUGCUCGUGCUGACAUUGUAGAAGAAUUGUAAGAGCCGGUCAUUCUUCAUGGCUUCAUCACUUAUGUGUAAUAUUUUAGUAUUUUUAAGAUUUAUAUUUGUACCAUCUUUACGUCACCCCAACAAUUCCCAUGGUAUACAACGCAAUGCAAUUUGAAAACAGGUGCUAAUCAACACUAAUCAGCCACCACUACUCAAAACCUAGUAACACACGUCGUAAAGUACCAGGCUCUCGAGUAGCAUGCUUCCAAAAUUCAAACGUAUAAACGCGAGUCAUGCUACUUCGACUUUUUAUCAUUUGUACGCAUGCUGGUCAAGGGUGUUACACACCAGUUACAUCUUCAGAAUAACCAGAACAGCCACUAAAGGAAAAGUCGUCGAUUAUAAUCUGUCGUUUACGGAGGCAUUAAGCCAUAACAAAGCAUCUAACCGUCUUCACGCGCAUUAUGUACAAUUUCGCACGCUAAGGCAGCGAUUUAAAAUGAAAAACACUGAAAAAAAUAAUGCCAUUAUGGAUAUGCCACAAGCACCUUGAAACACUUCUGACAUGAUCUGGGCUACGUGUAUGAAUAAUUAGUGCAAGGUUAAACCAGUUGGUAGGCGGGCGUCUGGGAUUAUGAUCAUAGUAACAGUAUCUCAUCAUAUAGCGGGUUCACUUCUUUCAGUGUUUUUUACAGUGCUUCAGAUUCAGCAUAUUGAUAUAGUUUUUGGAUGGAAUGGGAGCGUUCCGAGUAUUAUACCAAUAAAAUAAUUGUUUUUGUUUUA